AGCUUGCCUUCCUCUAUUCCUUAGGCUGGCUUAGGCUGGAAGAACUUACUGCGUUCCGACUCCUGAUAAACUGGAAGGUUAGUGGCGCUCUUACUUCCAGAUGUGCUCACCUCCGCAGCGUCAAUCUAGUCGUUAUAGUCUGCACUCAGCAGUUUCAUUUCAAGUUAGUUCCGGCAUUUGACCAUAAUAUAUUAUAGAGAAAUGGCGCGUCCAGGAGAUAACAUAGAGAAAUGGCUCGCAGCUGCACAAGACAAGCAAUCUCCGAGUAACCCUGGCUCAACUGAACGGCCAACAGCAGCUACUACAAGCUCCUUACGUAACUUAUCAUCCUCUUUCAACCGAACCUCGUCCAACCCCGAACCUGCUUCCGCCAGCGGAGCUAACUCGGGGAAGGAUUCGAAGCUUUCGAGCUCAUUGACCCAGCAGCUGGAAUCACGUUCAGUAUUGCCUCCCGCUCCUUCUUCCGAACCAAGAAACCGAACCUACGGCAGCAGGCUCGGGGGUGACUUUUCGCCAGCCGACAACUCCUCCUAUAGUGCGAGUAUCAGGGAGAAUAUCACAUUCGCUAGAGGCGCGGACUCUAAUCGCGGUGACGUGGCGCCUGCGGAGCGCUUCACCCAGCCAACUCGCGCUGACGUGGCACCUCCGACUACCACAGGCGGCUCAUACAUGUCGUCCAGCAACCAAACCUAUACCAGUACCGGAGCGGCUUCUGGCGGGAAAAUCUCCAGCAGCGGCGGUGGUAAAAUCUCCGGUAGUGUCAGUUUAGGAGGUGGUAAUGGUAAUGGGAUCGGUGCUAAUGGCAUCGGUAGGAGUCCGUCGGGUACUUAUUUCUCAGCUACUGCUCUCUCGAAUCGCUCUCAGGGCAACGGAAGUCCCCGCAACUCGGGCGAGAACGAGAAGCUGUACGAGGCUUAUAACGAGCUGCACCGCUUAGCGCAGCACUUUCAGAAGCCGUUCGAUGCGCCAGCUGUGCUGAUCGUUGGGCAUCAGACGGACGGCAAGAGCGCGCUGGUCGAGGCGCUGAUGGGGUUUCAGUUUAACCACGUGGGUGGGGGAACUAAGACGCGUCGGCCAAUCACGCUUCAGAUGAAGUAUAAUCCUGCGUGCGAGGAACCGCGGUGCUUCUUAGUUCUGGAUAAGGACCAUACUAGCGAACAGGAGAAGUCCCUUCAGCAGCUGCAGGCUUAUAUCGAGAGCGAGAACCAGCGGCUGGAGAAGGACAUGGGGCGGUUCUCGGAUCGCGAGGUGGUGGUGCGCGUGGAGUACAAGUACUGCCCCAACCUCACCAUCAUUGACACUCCGGGACUUAUAUCCGCCGCUCCGUCUGUAACUCACACGGCGCUGCAGGAGCAAGCCCGAAUCGUGGAGGCGCUGGUGCUAGCGAAGAUGAAGCAGCAGGAGUUUGUGAUCCUGUGCUUAGAGGACAGCAGCGACUGGAGCAACGCCACGACACGAAGAAUCGUCAUGAAGGUCGACCCGGACCUCUCCCGCACCAUCCUCGUGUCAACCAAGCUUGACACGCGCAUCCCACAGUUCUCCCGGGCAGCCGACGUCGAAAUGUUUCUCAACCCGCCGCUGCCCGAUAUCUCGGCGUCGCGCCUGGCGACGCGGCCGUUUUUCACGUCGGUGCCGUCGGGGCGAGUGGGGACGGGGUCGGACGCGGUUUUUAUGACGGAUGAUGACUUCAGAGAUGCCGUGGCUAGGAGAGAGAUGAGCGACAUUGCAGCGCUAGAGGACAAAAUGGGCCGCCCACUUUCGGAUGAUGAGCGAGCAAGGGUCGGGGUUAGCCGCCUUCGUCUCUUCUUGGAGCAAAUGCUGCAGCAACGUUACCUCGAGAGCGUACCCUAUAUAGUACCGCUCCUCGAUAAGGAAUAUAAGUCCGUCUCCACCAAGCUCUCUGCCACCUCUGCGGAGCUACAAAAUCUGAGUGACGGGGAGCUGCGAGAGAAGAGCCGAAACUUUCGAGAUAACUUCGUUCGUAAGCUCACAGUCCUGCUCCGUGGCUCCAUUGCCGCUCCACCUGACAAAUUCGGCGAGACCCUACAGGAGGAGAGGGCACGUGGCGGGAUAUUUGUGGGGUCCGAUGGGCAGCAGUUUCCCCAGAGACACAUGCCGAACGCCAGCAUGCGUCUGUUUGGAGGGGCGCAGUACCACAGGGCGAUGGCGGAAUUCCGGUUUGUGGUGGGUGCAGUGCGGUGCCCUGCGAUAUCGAGGGAGGAGAUUGUGAACGCUUGUGGAGUGGAGGACGUGCAUGACGGCACUAACUACUUCAGGACCGCAUGUGUGAUUGCUGUUGCCAAGGCGUGGGACGUCUUUGAGCCAUUCCUGCGACAGCUCGGGUUCCGCCUGUCGCACAUUGUGGGGCGGCUUCUGCCCAUCGUACUCUUCCUGCUCAAGAGGGACAACGAGCCGAUGCUGGUGCAUGAGACGUUUAUCGAGCGCGUGCAGGAAUCGUACCAUAAGUUUGUGGACUCCACUGAGCGAUCCUGCAUUGACAGGUGCAUGGAGGAUCUCACCAGCACCACCCGCUUUGUCACGUGGUCAUUGCACAACAGGUCUCGCUCCGCCCUGCGCUCGUUCUUCGACUCCGCAAUGCCCAGCAACGACUCCUCCCUGCUCGCUGCUGUGGGAGCCUUCGAAGCCGCCACCCCAAUGCCGGUCCCCACUGCCACAAGCAGACAAAACUCUCCGCCCUUUGGGCCGACAGACUACCAGUCGAGCCCCAGCGAUGACGGCAGGGGGGAGCGAGGCGGAGGGGGUACAACGGGACGAUCCGCUGCAGCUGGUUCUGCUGCGGCUGGUGCCGCUAGUGGUGCUGCUGCUGGUGCUGCUGGUGGUAGCAGCGGCACUGGCGGUCGGUUAGCCGAUCUGCUCGAAUCAACCCUGUGGACGCGGCGGCUGGCUCCAUCUUCCGAAGACAUAGUGAACGCGCUGGUGAUGCAGAUCUUCGAAGGGAUUAGAGAUCACUUUGUCAUGGCGGCUGAGUUAAAGUUCAACUGCUUCUUCCUCAUGCCUCUGAUGGACCGCUUCCCUGCAAGGCUCAGGGAGGACCUGGAGGCUGUGGCCGGGGGGGGCUUGGACGCCGUGUUUGACAUCUCGAGGGUUCGAGGGCAGCUUGAGAGGAGCCGGGGGGAGCUGGAUGAGGAGCUGAGGCGGGUGCAUGCACUUCAGGCCAAGUUUGCCAGUAUUCAUCACAGCCUCAGCUUGAUUCCAUCCAAUGCCACGUCAGCAUCGCCAUCAGGAUUUUUUUUCAACUCCAACCUCUCCGGAGGAUCAUCAUUUUCCUCCUUAACAUCAACAGCAGCUGCACUCCCUCCCCGCCGCUUUGCGGAAUCCCUUGCCUCAGUGUUUGAGGCACAAGGCCUGUGAACGCAGAACUUUCGAUGAGGAUAGCGAGAGUGGUUGAAAGCAUACAUUCAUGCUUUGGCUUUUGUGUGCAUUUUGUGAGUGAACAACGGAUGAUGUGCAAAAAUGCACGCCAUCUUGGCUUUUUUGCCCGUAUUAAUUGUUUUUGUAUGGAUUGGAUGUGAAAAGUUAUGUGCAACGUUAAGCGAAGA